UGGGGUUAAUCGACCCUUGUCAACCGGACCAUUCUUACUACGGAGUGUAUCAGUGUAACGUUGAUAGAGUCCCCCUCCCCAUUUUCUCCAUCAAAUUUGAAUUUCAAAACCAACACAGACUCAUUUUUCUGGGCUCUUUCUCUACAAUGGCCCCGCCUUUCAUUUUACCCCCAAAUCUCCAUUCACUGGAGGAAGAAGACGCCGACGGCAGCCGUCUCACCGUACAAAACCUCACCUCCAUUUCCUCUCUUCGCUCAUCUGAACAGGAAGAAUUCGUGAAAGGCGUGUCCUAUGACCUAACCGAUAAGGAGCUCUUCUGCAUCGAAGAGCAGGAUGUGUUCGACCGGGUGUACUCGCUUGUGAAGGAUUUCUCAAAGCUAUCUCCGCCUUGUAAGCUCAAUUUGGUUGAGUCUCUGAGGUCUAAUCUCAGUGUUUUGCUCCCAAAUGUGGAUUUGUUCUCAAGGUCGUGCCAGAAUCAGGAUGGGAGACGCAGUGACGAUGAUAGCGACCAAGGAGACGAUGAGGACAGUUCAGUUUCUGAUCGCUUGGCCUCACACCGGAAUGCUUUCAAGAUUUACUCAUUCUUUCUCAUGCAUAUUGUGCUUAUUGAGGAGUUUAAAUCAACCCCUAACAACAGUACAAAAGUGGUGAUGGCCAAUGGGCGGAAGAAGCAACAUGUUAGUACUUGGAAUUGGGAUCCCCAAAGGGCAAAGAUACUGACUUUAAUUGCUAAUUCCUUAGAGAUCAACCUCACUGUGCUUUUUGGCUCUUCAGAUCCUGAUGAAAAUUACUUGUCUUUCAUUGUGAAGAAUACUUUCACCAUGUAUGAGAAGCCUACAAUUUUAAAGGAUUCAGUUACAAGGGAUGCCUUGAACCGGAUAAUAGCGACAUGUGCAACUAAGUUCCAUCAUACAGCACAAUCAUGUGCUUCAAUUCUUCACUUGAUUCACAAAUAUGACUAUACUGUUCCUCACUUGGCGGAUGCAGUUGCUGGGGCCGAAAAGAAGUUUGCAGAUGGAACCCUGGCCACUUCUCUUAUUAGAGAGAUCGGAAGGACAAACCCAACAGAUUAUGUAAAAGAUGCUGUUGGAGCUGAAAAUAUAGGAAGGUUCCUUGUUGAGCUUGCUGAUCAGUUGCCUAAGCUAGUUUCAACUAAUGUGGGAUUAUUGAUCCCUCACUUUGAUGGGGAAUCUUAUAAGAUAAGAAAUGCUCUUGUCGGGGUGUUUGGGAAGUUGGUUGCAAAGGCCUUCAAUGGCACUGAAGGUGAAAUGAGUUUAAAAUCUAUUAGCCUUCGAACAAAGCAGAAAAUGCUGGAAAUGCUGUUGGAACGUUGUAGAGAUGUCUCAGCUUAUACACGGAGUCGAGUCCUUCAAGUUUGGGCUGAAUUAUGUGAAGAGCAUUCUGUUUCAAUUGGUAUGUGGAAUGAGGUUGCUGCACUGGCUGCUGGAAGGUUAGAGGAUAAGAGUGCUAUUGUCCGUAAAUCUGCACUUAAUUUACUCAUUGUAAUGCUUCAGCAUAACCCUUUUGGUCCACAACUUCGAAUAUCCACUUUUGAAGCAACUCUAGAACAAUACAAGAAGAAACUGAAUGCACUUGGACCACCUGCUCAAUCAGAGACUGUUCUGAAUGGUGAAGAUUGCAACUGGGAUGGCAAGUUACACGUGGAAGGUGCUGAAGGGAUGUCCAAGGAACUGAAUGAUAGUUUAACGGAUAGCUGCUUGUCUCAAAUGCAAGAGCAUACCACACAUAAGGAUAACUAUGUGCCAGAUGUUGGUACCCUGGAGGAAACAAGGACUUUGGUUGCAUCAUUAGAGACGGCACUUCAAUUUUCUAAAUGUAUGUCUGCUACCAUGUCAACCCUUGUUCAACUAAUGGCAUCAUCUUCUGCCACAGAUGUGGAGAACACGAUUCUUUUGCUAAUGAGGUGCAGACAGUUUCAGAUUGAUGGUUCAGAAGCAUGCCUCCGCAGGAUGUUGCCCCUGGUAUUUUCACAGGACAAAGCAAUUCAUGAAGCAGUUGAGAAUGCUUUCAUAACGAUUUACAUACAGAAGAACCCAAUAGAAACUGCAAAGAAUCUCUUGUGUCUUGCUAUUGAUUCAAAUAUUGGAGAUCUUGCAGCACUUGAGCUCAUAAUUGGAGAAUUGGUAUCCAAAGGCGAUAUAACAUCUAGCAUGUUAUCAGCACUAUGGGAUUUCUUUUGUUUCAAUAUUGGUGGAACAACAGCCAAGCAAAGUCGUGGCGCUUUGUCUGUAUUGUGCAUGGCAGCAAAAACAUCAACUGUGGUUUUCAGCUCCCAUCUUUCAGAUAUUAUCGACAUUGGGUUUGGACGCUGGGCAAAAGUUGAGCCGUUACUUGCAAGCACAGCAUGCACUGCAUUGCAAAGGUUAUCUGAAGAAGACAGAAAAAAGUUGUUGUUUACUAAUGGACGUCGGGUAUUUGGCAUCUUAGAAAGUUUAGUUAUUGGACAUUCACUUCCUCAAAGUAUAUGGUACGCCACUGCUGAUAAAGCAAUAACUACUAUAUACACAAUUCAUCAUUCUCCUGAGAAAGUAGCUGUUGAUCUGGUGAAAAGAUCUCUUAGUUCCGUGUUGGAUUGCAGCGGGGGGGAAGAGCUACAAACUGACAUUGAAAAUGGAAGCUCCAAUUUGAAUGUAUCCAUUAGUGUACCAAAACUUAGUAAAUAUCUAUUUAUUGUAAGCCAUGUAGCUAUGAACCAUUUGGUUUACAUUGAAUCACUAGUCCGGAAGAUUCAGAAAGAGAGAGUAAAGAAGGAGAGAAUGGUUUCUGAACAGAAUGCUGAUAACGCCAGUGUUGAGGCUCAGAAGGAUAAAAGUAUCAAUGCCGAGUUAGGUGUGGCGGCAUCUGAAGAUGCUUUACUGGAUGCACUUGCUGAAAGAGCAGAAAAAGAAAUCAUUUCUGGUGGUCCUAAGGGGAAGCUUUUGAUUGGGCAUUGUGCCCCUUUUCUUUCAAAAUUAUGUAGGAACUAUGCUUUUAUGCAGAAGUUUCCUGAACUUCAGGCAUCUGGAAUGCUCUCGUUAUGUCGUUUUAUGAUAAUUGAUGCUGCCUUCUGUGAUGAAAAUCUCCAACUCUUGUUUACUGUUGUGGAGAAUGCCCCAUCAGAAACUGUUCGUUUAAAUUGCACGGUUGCACUCGGGGAUCUGGCAGUUCGUUUUCCCAACUUGUUAGAGCCAUGGACCGAGCACAUGUAUGCACGUUUAAGAGAUCCAUCAAUUUCUGUGAGGAAGAAUGCUGUAUUAGUUCUGUCCCAUCUCAUCUUAAAUGACAUGAUGAAGGUAAAAGGUUAUAUAAAUGAAAUGACAAUCUGCUUAGAAGACGAGGAUGUACAAAUAUCAAGCCUUGCCAAACUGUUCUUCCAUGAGUUGUCAAAAAAGGGAAGCAAUCCAAUAUAUAACCUACUUCCAGAUAUCCUGGGCAAGUUAUCUACACAGAACCUGAAGCAAGAAUCAUUUUGCAACAUCAUGCAAUUUUUAAUUGGUUCAAUCAAGAAGGACAGACAGAUGGAAGCACUUGUUGAGAAGCUUUGUAUUAGGUUUAGUGGAGUUACAGAUGUUAGGCAGUGGGAAUACAUUUCAUAUUGUCUUUCUCAGUUAACAUUCAAUGAGAAGAGCAUGAAGAAGCUGAUUGAGUUAUUUAAAACCUACGAACAUGCCUUAUCUGAGGAUGCUGUAAUGGAUCAUUUUCAGAACAUAAUAACCAAGGUGAAGAAGUUUUCUAAGCCAGAAGUCAAGUCAUGCAUUGAAGAGUUUGAAGAAAAGAUUAAUAGAUUCCACAUUGAAAAGAAAGAGCAAGAACUUGCCGCAAAGAAUGCUCAAAGGCAUCAAGAAAAGAUGGCAAACCUUGAGAGCUUUAUGGCAAGUAAAAAAGAGGUGGAGGAGAGCAGUGAAUCUGAAGUCACAGAAGGUGGAGCAGAAGGUGAAGUCAACGAUCCAUCAACUGAAGGAUCAACAAAGUCCACAAGCCGGGAGAUAAAAUCAACCGAGGAGUCCAAUGCAGAUUCUUGUGCUUCUAGUGAGCUGACAACAGACACAGAGUUGGAGGAAAAUGAAGUUCAGUCACCACUCGUUCAUCCCAUAGUUGCAUCUAGAUCAAGCCAAAAGAAACCCAACAAAGUGGACCAAGUUCUUCAUUCUUUCCCUUCCAGCAAAACUCUCCGGUCAAAGAGACGGUAGUCAAAGGCCGGUGCUUUCAUAUGGAUUUCAGCCUGAAGAAUAUCAUCUUUCCAAGUUUUCUAGCUUCUCUUAUUUUGUUAUUUUCUCCUCUGGAGAAAUGCUGUAUAUGGUUCGUGUACGUGUUUCUUUUAAUCUUUCCUUUGAAAUAUAUACUCCAAAGCAAAUUGAUAAGCUCAAGCUUAUUACUUGUAUAAUUU